GUUAAAUUAAGGAAUUUUGCCUUGGAAAAUAUGCUAGAAGAAAAAUAUUAUAUAAUUCUUUAUUUGAAGAAGGAAAUAGAUAAAACCGCAUUAUCACGAUACAUCGCUCCCAAAUGCGUAUGAAAGCUCCAAUAAGAGUGACCUGUAUCGAUACUCAAUUUCUGUACAUUCAUCGAAUGUCUCUGGUCGCAAUCGGGUUAUGGCCUUACCAUCGAACAAUGCUUGUUCAACUUCAGUCUUGUGUGUUUUCUCUUACUACGAUUAGUUUUAUUAUAUUUCAGCUUACAACAUUUCUAACUACAGAAUGGACUAUUGACUUUAUCGUUGAAGUUCUUUCUGUAUCGCUUUUUACUCUUUUAUGCGCAAUUCAAUAUAAUUCUCUUUGGAUUAACACGCAUGUUGUGAAGCGUCUAAUGGAACACCUUCAGUACGUCUGUAGCGAGUUAAAGGACGAAAACGAAAUUGCUAUAAUAAAAAGAUAUGGACACAUUGCAAAAUGGAUUACAAUUGGAUUAACGUUAUCGGCGAUGUGUGUUUUAAUUAUCUUCACUCUUUUGCCAAUUCUGCCGCGGAUCUUCCGCAUCUUUUUCGUCGUAAAUAAAUCCGAGCCAUUUCGCAAUGUGUAUAUCACUGAAUAUUUUGUCGAUGAAGAAAAAUAUUUUUAUUUUAUUUUGCUGCACAUGUACGCAACCCAGUACAUAGCAGGAGGUACAUUACUAGCAGCAGGAAUAGUGGUAAUGGGAUACCUUACAUGUGUUUGUGGAUUAUUUAACAUUGCCAGUUACCGUAUCGAACAGGCAAUGCUGUUAAAUAGUGACGAAGUAACUAAUCGGAAAAACAAGAGGGAGAUCGACAAGAAACUAAGUCACGCAGUGGUCAUGCAUCGCACAGCUCUUGAGUUUACUGAUUUCUUUCUAUAUAAAUUCGAAGGAACAUACCUUCUUAUAAUAGCGCUUAUUGUAAUUUGUUUGAGCCUUCAUCUGUUUGGAAUCUUUUACAGCGUUAAUUUUGUAUUUAGGAUGGAAAAGUUUGUAUUGCACUGUAGUUAUGCGCUUGGCCUUUUAGGAUGUUCAUUAGGAGGCAACUACAUAAGUCAAGCAGUUUCAGAUCACUAUAAUUACAUAUUUUCAUCCGCAUAUAAAGUUCGAUGGUACAUUGCACCUGUACGCGUGCAAAGAUUAAUAUUGUUUCUUUUGCAAAGAGGCACUAAGCCUUAUAAUGUCAAAUUCGGUGGUCUAUAUACAACAUCUUUGGAAAACUUUGCCACGUUAUCAACUGCAUCAAUAUCGUAUUUUACUGUUAUUUAUUCUAUACAAAACUGAUAUUAAUAUCAGCUAAUAUUAUGUUAAAACUAACUAGUAAAUUAGUAAACUCAAAGUUGGGAACUUCCGUUCUUAAAAGUUUCGUUCUUAAAUAACUGGUGCCUGAAAUUGUCAGACAAUGAAUAAAGAGAAUGAAACAUCUUCAUUAUUUUUAAAUUCACUACGUUGCACGUAACAUCAAAAUAAACCUAAAGAUUAAAACUGGUGGGAUUUAUAUUUAGUAGCCACCGAUAAGAAGUUUUCUCCUAUUCGCACUUAUUUGCUAGUAAUAUUAAUUGAUACUAUAAUUAAACUUUUAUAAAAUUGCAUAUUACAAGAAACGGUCACAAUGGUGUUACAAAGUAGAUACCAUGCACAAAUAUUAUGGAAUAUAUAUAUCGCUAAUACAUUAUUUCCAUCAAUUGAUAAUAUUAUUCCUUUUGUUCACACUUGUUCAAUAUCUUACAAACUAUAACGUCAUUUUGGGUUUUUCAAGGCAUAUUAUGUCAUGGACAAACUAGACAGCACAAAUCGCGAAGGGCUUAGUCAUGGGACUGUAUCACAAUAAUUAUAACAAUCACAAUAAUAACAACCACAAUAAUUUUAUCUAGUUUGCAUUCACAGAAUUCACAUCGAUAUCAUUGAAAAAGUUAUUAGGAUAUGAAGAGAAAAUCGCCUUAUAGGAAAACAGUGAUUCACAAAAUGUAACAAAUAAAUAUUUUAUAUUUAAA